AAAAUGGGCAACAUAAACCAAGUUGGUGGUGCUGUGAUGGUAUGCUCAAGAGAAUCACCAAGGUUGCACUCAACACAAUCACCGAAAGUGCUGAUAGAGCUGAAGACAGCAACAGUACCAGUAUUGUCCAGUUGUCCCUCACUCGGGCAUGUGCUUUGUCCGGCUUAAUCACUCAAGGAAUUGUCAACAACAGAAACUUUGCCAUUAAUGGAACUUCUUCUGAGUUGAAGGAUGCAUCUGCCUUAUUCAAGUAUGCAUCAGAAAAUGAUGAAGAGGCAAAGGAAUUCCAAAUGUAUUCUGAAGUAGCGAUGGAAGCUGCUGCAGACAUGGAAGCCGAAGAGGAGGGCACAUCAGGUUGCACUGGUUUGGAGAGAGGCGAAGCUGGUUUGUGGGUUUUGAUCCAUGGUCUUGUCAGUCCUUCCGGUUUGACAAUGAAUGGCAAAUUUGGCACCAUAUGCAUGGAUGGGUUGGAAGAGGGCUGA